AUGGGCCAGGUGACCGGAGGCCUUGGCUGGCGGCUCAGCCUGCUGCUGCUACCCUUGCUUCUGGUGCAAGCUGGUGCCUGGGGGUUCCCAACAGGCCCCCUGAGCCUGCAGGAGCUGCGCAGGGAAUUCACAGCCAGCCUGCACCUUGCCAGGAAGCUGCUCUCUGAGGUUCAGAGCUAUGUCCACAGCUUUGCUGAAUCUCGAUUGCCAGGAGUGAACCUGGACCUCCUGCCCCUGGGACAUCAUCUCCCCAAUGUUUCCCUGACCUUCCAGGCAUGGCGUCACCUCUCUGACCCAGAGAGGCUCUGCUUCCUCUCCACCACACUCAGGCCCUUCCCUACCCUGCUGGGAGCACUGGGGAGCCAGGCAACCUGGACCAGCUCAGAGAGGGUGCAGCUGUGGGCCAUGAGGCUGGAUCUCCGGGACCUGCACAGGCACUUCCGCUUUCAGGUGCUGGCUGCAGGCUUUAACUGCUCUGAGGAGGAGGAAGACAAAGAGGAAGAGGAAGAAGGGAAGGAGCUGCUCCUAGGGGCUCUGGAUGGCCCCAACCAGGUGUCAUUCCAAGUGUCCUGGCCCCAGCUGCUCUAUACCUACCAGCUCCUACACUCCCUGGAGCUUGUCCUCUGUCGGGCUGUUCGGGACCUGCUGCUGUUGACCAUGCCCCAGCACACAGGCCCGGCUUGGGAUUCCUAA